ACACUACCCGAUCACAUUCAUUUCAAACAGGGUCCACGUCACACAUUGUUCGGUGUGCUGCUAAUUCGUUGUGGUUAAAUUAGUAUAUAAAGUAACAGACGUGAUACGGGAAUAUUUGAGUCAAUAACAGUAGCCUAAAGAAAAUAAUAAUAUGGCGAAAGGAGAAGGAGCGGAACAAUUUUCUGCUACAAGUUUAUUACAAAAUCGACCAACGAGCCCCGAUGGGGUUCGAUUAGCGAAGGAUGAGAAGAAGGGCCGGUUGUCCGUGUGCAAUAAGCUGUGCUACGCUGUCGGGGGGGCUCCCUACCAGAUCACGGGAUGCGCGCUCGGCUUCUUCCUGCAGAUAUACCUGCUGGAUGUGGCUCAGGUGGACCCCUUCUAUGCCUCCAUAAUCCUGUUCAUAGGCCGGGCCUGGGAUGCCGUGACGGAUCCCACCAUCGGGUUCCUCGUCAGCCGAAGCCCCUGGACCCGCUUUGGGAGGAUGCUGCCCUGGAUUGUGCUGUCCACCCCAUUUGCGGUGCUAUGCUACUUCCUGAUCUGGUACGUCCCUCCUUUCGAGCAAGGCAAGGUCAUCUGGUAUCUGGUCUUCUACUGCCUCUUCCAGACCCUUCAAACGUGUUUCCACGUGCCUUACUCCGCCCUCACCAUGUUCAUCAGCUCCGAGCAGAAGGAGCGGGACUCCGCCACUGCCUACAGAAUGACGGUGGAGGUGCUGGGCACGGUCAUCGGCACAGCCGUCCAGGGCCAGAUCGUGGGCGGGGCAAACGCACCCUGUAACCCAGGCGAUUUAGCGCUUCUGAAUGGGUCCAAUUCCUCACUUCCGCAGACGGGACCCGAUGUCAACAUCACCCAGCCACACAUUUCUCUGACUCAAACGAGAGAAGCGUACAUGAUUGCAUCAGGUGUCAUCUGCAUCAUCUACAUCCUGUGCGCAGUCAUCCUGUUCUUUGGGGUGAGGGAACAGAAAGAGGCCGGACGCCCGAGCCACAAGUCCGAGCGGCCCAUGUCGUUCUUCCAGGGCAUGCGGCUGGUGAUGGGCCACGGGCCGUACGUCAAGCUGGUGAUGGGCUUCCUCUUCACCUCGCUGGCCUUCAUGCUCCUGGAAGGGAACUUUGCGCUGUUCUGCAGCUACACCUUGGGCUUCAGAAACGACUUCCAGAACAUCCUGCUGGUCAUUAUGCUUUCUGCCACGCUCACCAUUCCGUUUUGGCAGUGGUUCCUCAGCCGCUUUGGGAAGAAGACGGCCGUUUACUGUGGAAUCUCAUCAGUCAUACCUUUCAUGAUUCUGAUCGUCUGCGUCAAGAGCAACCUGGUGGUGACGUACGUGGUGUCCUUCGCUGCGGGGGUCAGUGUGGCCGCUGCCUUCCUCCUGCCCUGGUCCAUGCUCCCUGAUGUCGUGGAUGAUUUCAAGGUGAAGAACCCGGACUCUCAUGGGCACGAGGCCAUCUUUUACUCCUUUUAUGUCUUCUUCACCAAGUUCGCCUCUGGCGUGUCUCUGGGCAUCUCCACCCUGAGCCUCGAUUUUGCAGGGUACAUCACAAGGGGCUGCUCGCAACCUGCAGCUGUGGACUUAACCCUGAAAAUGCUGGUCUCCCCGGCUCCCAUUGUGCUCAUCAUCCUGGGCCUGAUCAUAUUUAAGACCUACCCCAUCGACGAGGUGACGCGACAGGGCAAUCGCAAGCUGCUACAGGAGAUGAGGGACAGCGAGCAGGACUCGGAGACGGACUCCACCGAGCUGGGCAACAUGGCGUAGGAGCCGCGGCGGCGGACGUGAGCCUCCGGGCGCUUGCGCUGCGUGAGCGAGCGCAGGGUAGGGCCGCGGAGGAGCGAGGAAGACUCCGGAGCCGCGGUGCUGCCCAUGAACAAGCCCUGCAGGCCUUCGCGGGAGACGCCUUCCAGGCCCGUCACCUCCGGGAGCCCUCGGACCGUUCAUGGCCGAGGCCACUGGAGGCUCCGUCUUUUUGUCGUUUCUUGAUUUCGUUGCACAAAACUUCGUAUUGUGAUACUGCUUUUGUAUUGUUUGUUCUUGUGUGUGUUUUCUGUCGCCAAUCAUGGUGGCAAGGUAUCUGAAGUCUAUUGGACCCCUGGGCACCCAAACCAUGAAUUGGGUAAACUUGAAAUUACACUAAAGUUGUAGCUUUGUGUUGGUGUCGAGUCUGUGUCAUCCACAGUAAGAGAACUCGGCCUCCCUUAGACUUCAGUUUCGCGGGUGCAUGUUCAUUUUGCGAGUGAUCCAGACGUACUUAAAGGUACAAUGUGGUACUUAAAAGCGUCAGUGAAGUUGAGGACCAUUCUACAACCAGAAACAGUGGUUAAAGCGAUGCAUGCCAUCGUGGGCAGAAGCACCACACCCAGCACAAGCCUGUGAAUGAACAGGUAGCUCUGGAAAUAAGCAAUCAAUUAUGUUUUUGUUGUCGGUGGAAGCAAAACAAAAUGUGUUUGCUCAGGUCAAAACUGGUUUUUAAUGAAAGUGAAAGUGGAGCGAGUCUUCUACUAAUCAUCCAGUAAGAAAACCUCCUUACUGAUGGAGAAAAAUCUCUCUUCAGAAUUCUCCAUUCUUGCCACGGAGGAUGACACAUCUAACAUAAAGACCAACACUGUAAAGCACGCUUUUGCACAGCCCACACCAGAAUCAUGGGCUUUAUUUUAUGGGACAUAAAAGAAACUACAUACAGUUGAACCUACAUAAUGUAACCUUUUGGGUGACCAAUUCCGAUAAUGUCUGAAAAAGUCUGACAUUAUUUAAAUAUUUAUUUAAAAUAAGUAUUUAAUUUUUAAAAAUUGAGAUGAUUACGUUUGAUGUACAGUUGUACUCUUGUAAUUGUUGCAAUUCCCUGUUUUCCUAUUUAUUUAGUGUACGAUAGGCUGUGUUCUCUGAUGGAACUGUAAAAUUUUUGGGAUGAAACUGCUUGGAUGCGGGUGGGGGGGGGGUACCUGCUUAAAUAACAAAAAAAAGUAUUUGCAUACUGUAUCAGUGUCUAGGAGGGUGUCAAAGAGCUUUAAAUGUAAUCAAAGAAAGGAUCUGUAUUUAUACACACACACACAUCACAAAUGCCUGUUUAUUUUAGCACCCGUACGUGCACAGCCAUCUCGUGUCGGUAUAGCUGUGUUUUCUGAGGAAAAGCACAGUCGUCAAACCGUGAGAUGUGAGAGUUGGACAACUUAAUGUGUCAUGUAGUCUCCCAUUUUGUGGAGGAAUUCCUAUGAGAUCUCAUAUUGGAGAAUGUCACCUUUUAUUGGCCCUUUAGUGAGGCAUUUUGUAGUUUACGAUAAUCCAAUAUUGGAUUAUAAUCCGAUAUUGAACAACAUACAACUGCAUCUUUAAACUGUGAAUAUAAAUAACAAAUCAUAAAUAACAUAUGUCAUACACUAGUAUUGUCAAACACAUUAAUAAACUCAUUAGUAUUGUGUUUUGAAUAAAAACAUUUAUUUUGGAGGAGGAAAAAGGAGAAAACUUUUGGGAAUAAAGCCUUUUAUUUUAAUAAACCUUAUUAAACUCUUUUGCUUUGUUGUGAAGACCUUUUGCCAAAUGUACCCGGUGCUCUACAAAUGGGAAUCCACUAGAAUUCGCAGUGAUUCAUGGUGUACAGCUGCUGUGUAUAUGUACUGUAAAUAUUGUAAGAAAUAUGUAAAUAUGUCACUUUUUGAAAAAUGUGUGGUGACUAAUUGGUAUGUACAUUUGUGAUUUAAUUUAUAACUACAUGUUAAUAAAUACUAAUUGGUAUAAA